AUGGAAGAGCUUGAGGAAGAUCAGAAAGAUAUUCGACUUACUUUGCAGGAAGCCCAGAAUCAUGAUAACAAGAAGCAGCAGCAUGGAAACAUGCAGGGAGCCAUCAGAGAUGUGACAUCAUCUUUCAUCUCAGACAGUAUAACAGGGAGCAUGGGUACUGUGUGUCAUGGGGCACAUUUGGACAUGAGUGGAGGAACCCCUACUUUGCAGUCAGAAGUAUCCACCAGUGCAGAGGAGCUGGAACAGCUCCAUGGCAGGCAGGUCACCGCAGCCGAUAUUGAGCUUGAGAGGAUGAGGUGGGAUUUUGUGCUGGCUAAACUGAAAUAUGAACAUGAGGAUAAUGAAAAGCAAAGGCUUCAUGAAGAGAAUAUGGAUCAGAUUCAUCAACAGGCAGUACAAAGAUCGUUCAGUCAAGGACUUGAAGACCUACUCUGACCCUCGAGCCAGUAUGCCUUGUUCCUAUACUGCUUCAUCAUUAUUCAUGUUAUUGAUACAAUUGAGGAACUCGCCUUCUACAUUUUCCAAACCCAUUACCUGUUCUUCUUUGCUGUUGUGCUCUUUUUCAUUCUCGGGAAGAUUUUCCAGGAUUAA